GACACAUAUGAAUAAAAAUGGAAGGAAAAGAAGAGCAAGAAUGGAGGAAGGGACCUUGGACUUCUGAUGAAGAUAAGUUGUUGUGUGAAUAUGUGAAGGUUCACGGGGAAGGAAGAUGGAAUUCUGUUGCCAAAGGUUCAGGAUUGAAUAGGACGGGAAAAAGUUGUAGAUUGAGAUGGGUGAAUUAUCUUAGACCAGGUCUCAAGAGAUGUCAUCUCACUCCUCAAGAGGAAGGAAUUAUCAUCGAACUUCAUGCUCUUUGGGGUAACAAAUGGUCAACUAUAGCAAGAUAUUUACCGGGAAGAACUGACAACGAAAUAAAAAAUUAUUGGAGAACUCAUUUCAAGAAGAUGAAGCCAAAGAGAAAGUCUAAAAUAAUGGUUGGGAAAACAGACAACAAAACAAUGCCACCAGUUACUAGAUGUGAAGAACAUGUCAUGGAGCUCAUGAAACCAUAUGACAGUGACAAUAAUGACUUAAGCAUGGUUUUUACAGAGCCAACAGCCAUGGAAGAUCAUGAGCAAACCUACUACUUGUCAAUGGUGUAUCAAGAUUUAACAAAUUGGGCGGCAGAGAAGAAAGAGGAGAGUUUAUGGGAAUGGCCUUUGGGAGGUUUCAGAGAAUGAUAUCAUAUGAGAAAGUAUUGUGAUGAGUCUGUCUCUUUACAAAAAUAUUGUUUUUUAGGGAAAAAGAAUGGCCCAUGCAGGUUUCGAACCUGCGACCUUCGCGUUAUUAGCACGACGCUCUAACCAACUGAGCUAAUAGGCCAUUUGCUCUUAAAAAAUCUAUUUAUUAUAAAUAUUUCUUUCAAGUUUUUUAACUUUAUAUGAAAUUAAAUGUAAAAUAAUUGCUAAAGUUGAAGUUAAAAUGGUUGAAAAUAUUAUUACAAUUAUCUAUACUAUGUUAAAAAUAGCAAUGAGAGGAAAUAUUAGCUUCCUUCUUUGCUAACUUUUUCAAUGUA